CAUUUGGCUCAGCUCCAAGCUCCUCUUUUAACGCAGCACCUCCUCUUUCGUUGAACAAAUUCAUUCCCUAGAAGCGCGAGCUUCACUACAUUCAAGAUGAUGCACCCCUCACGACAGGCCUAUGUCGAGGAGGCGGCAGAGGAGAUGGACACGGGCAUUGAUCUCGCCAACAUCCCUGUCGACACAGACUAUGAGAUCCCCGCAUCAGCAGCGGGCAUCGCCCCCGAACGGGCAUCCGCCAUCGCAGCCCAAUUCGAGCGCAAACGACGCGCCGCCGCUAUGGUGGUGCCCACAGACGAUACCCGCGUGCGCCUACGACUACGAGAGCUCGGCGAACCCAUCACACUCUUCGGUGAAGGCGUCGUAGAGCGACGAGACCGUCUGCGCGAGCUGUUGACCGACCUGGCAGACCGACGGGGUGAGGGUGAUAUUGAGAUGGAAGAGGCCGAGGAGGAGGAAGAGGCCGAACAGCAGGAGGAAUUCUACACAGAGGGCACAGACGCGCUUCUAGAAGCUCGGAAAGCUAUUGCUCGCUAUUCACUACCGCGAGCGAAGGCCCGAGUAGCACGACUAAAGGAGGAAUCGACUAUCCCGCUUCGAACACACGUCAAGCACCGGAAAGCGGUCAAAGAGAAGCUGGGAGGGUUUGACUUGUACGGAUCACAGAUUGCGGGUGACCGGCCGGUCAGUAUCUGUCGAUUCGCACCGGAUGGGCAGACUAUCGCGGCUGGAAACUGGGGCGGCAGUAUCAAGCUGCUGACCGUGCCGAACUUGGAGGAAAAGGCAAACCUGAAGGGACAUAAUGACCGUGUUGGUGGUCUAGCGUGGUUCCCAGGAGCUACGCUCCCGGAAUCAAACGUAUCACCAUCAAGUGUUAACCUCAUCUCCGGAGGUGGGGAGGGAAAUAUCAAGCUGUGGGCACUCGAUUCAGACAAACCACUAGCCACGCUGUCUGGACACUCAGGGCGAGUGUGUCGCACCGAAUUCCACCCCUCAGGACGAUAUGCAGCGUCUGCCUCCUUCGAUACAACAUGGCGACUCUGGGACGUCGAGACUACUACGGAGCUACUCUUGCAAGAAGGCCAUUCACGGGAGGUGUACACCAUAUCCUUCAACAACGACGGAUCUCUCCUUGCCAGCGGAGGUCUUGACAGUAUUGGCCGUAUCUGGGAUCUGCGGACAGGCCGCACGGUAAUGAUUCUGGAGGGCCACGUCCGCGAAAUCUUCGCCAUGGACUGGGGUGUGGACGGAUACCGCGUUCUGUCGGGAUCUGGCGAUGGAUGGGUCAAAUGCUGGGAUCUGCGACAAGUGCGGAAUAUCGGCGGGAUUGGCGCACACAAGAGUGUUGUGUCUGAUCUUCGCUGGUAUAAGGGUGCCGAGUCAGCUUCCUUCUUGCCUACUACCGAUGGGCAGAUGGAGGUUGAUGGAGCUCCUGCACCGACGGGCGAUGCGGGAGUCCAGCCCAAGAAGUCUGGUACUUUCUUCGUGUCGAGUGGUUUUGACAAGAAUGUCAAUAUCUUCAGCGCUGAUGACUGGUCGUUGGUGAAGACGCUUAGUGGGCAUUCGGGUAAUGUUCUCAGUACGGAUGUUAGUGGUGAUGCACAGUGGAUCGCAAGCUGUGGCCACGAUCGUACCGUGAAGCUUUGGGGUAUUGAGGGAUAAAUUCAUAAAAUCUUUUGUCCUCGUCCAUUCGGACUGCUUCUGUAUUAGCCUGCUUUUCCUCACGAUGGUGACUGUGGGAUGUUCAUUAUGAAUAAGAUGAUGCUCUAGAACUAGUAAAUCUAUCGACCUUCGAAUUCGUGGUAGACCCCAGUACAUAAAGGGCCACCCGAUUGUUUUCAUAAAAC